AGUCUCUGAUACUCUCCUCAACAUUCAUUGAGUGAGACUGGACUUGGGACGGGGGUUCUUCGGCAGAGCUAGCCCAACAAAUUUUCAGAGCCACCCACAUGCUUGUGAUAUACAAAAGACAAAAGUCGAUAGUCAGCUUUUGUUCAUCAUUCUUUCUGUUGGCAGCCGUUGGGCUAAACAUCUUUCAUGAUGUAUACCAAGAUGUCGUCACAAUGGCUCCUUUGGACCUUUGCAGCCUUUCUAUUAGCACUUACAGUCGAUGCCCAGCUUUCUACCACCUUUUACAGCUCUAGUUGCCGAAAUUUGACGGCCAGGGUAGAUGAGAUUAUUCGAGGACACAUCAGGAGGGAUAGAACACUGGCUCCCUCUCUGCUUCGCCUUCACUUCCACGAUUGCUUCGUUCGGGGUUGUGACGCCUCAGUUUUAUUGAAUAGUCCUCGUGGCGCUCAAGGGGAGAAGGACGCCAUUGGCAACAAGGACUCACUUCGGGGUUUUGAGAUCAUCGACGAUGUUAAGACGAAAAUCGAAACCAUGUGCCCUGGCGUGGUAUCAUGCGCUGACCUACUUGCUCUUUCAGCCCGAGACUCGAUGCGAGCGUUUGGUAAUAUCACCUGGAGCGUACCACUGGGUCGAAGAGAUGGGACUGUGACAUCCGCUAGCGAAGCAAAUAAUGAUUUGCCACCGCCGUUCGGAACCUUCAGUUCGUUGUCAGCAAUCUUCAGAAGGAAAGGGCUUACAGUCAAGGAUAUGGUCAUCCUUUCAGGUGCCCAUACCGUAGGCACUGCACGCUGCGCCAGCAUGCAGACGCGUCUGUACAGCUUCUCGUCAGCUAACCCCACAGAUCCAACUCUCGAUCCUACCUUCGCGUCUCGAUUGAAGAGGCAGUGCCCGCAAGGUGACAACACCACACUAAUCCGCAACGAUCAGACAAAGCCUACUGACACUUGGGACUUCAACUACUAUUCCAACGUGCUGAGGAGCAAAGGGCUCUUCGGUUCAGAUGAUGCGAUGAAAAGAAAUCCAGCAGCUCGCAAAAUUGUACUCUCUCAGAACAAACCAGGAUCACCUUUUAGUGCAGAAUUCGCAAAAGCUAUGGAGAAGAUGGGAAGGAUUGGCGUACUUACAAGCAGGCAAGGGCAGAUUCGUAGGACAUGCACAAGAACGAAUUAGGUGCCAGAUGUAACACUGAACCACUCCGCUGAUAUUUACCGAUUAUGGUAGGUUUUCCACUAUCUUAGCUUACCUUGAGUGCUGUGCUCACCACACUCCGGCUCUGAGCUCUAAGCCCUUAGAGAUGUUUCAGAAUCUCCCAUGAGGAAUAAGAAUUGACAAAUAAAGAGACACGUACAGAGAAUCUUUGUUCGACCUCAAAGCAAGCUGAUGCUUAGCCUCGAUAUCCGACGUGCUUAGAGUCUUCUCAGCCUUCGGAGUCCGUGUCAGAGGUCUGUAGCUAAUUAUGAACUUUGGCAGUUGCUGUGACACUUAAAUACGCUGG